UGUUGGCACAUGACUGUCGCUACCCGCUUGUCAUCUAAAUUAAAUAUCAUGGCAUUAUAAUACUGUAUGUUGGAUAACUGAGCGCUGCAAACGAGCUACUACGUUCGCAGCCAUGGCGGGACAUAGAAGAUGCUUCUUGCUGCAGAGUGUUUGAUUUGACGGCUUUUGAAGGCAUUUGGUUUACAUGCUCGAUGGUUACACUGUGAAUUUUAGAAAAAACGAGUAUUAUCGAGUAUCUAACGGAAGUUUAAUGAGUGAUAUACAUGCUAUUUUGGCCAGGUGGGCAACGUCUCCGGUCUACGGCACGCGUGUUUGAGUUGGAAUUUGGACCAGGGAAGGUGUUCUGAGGGUUUUCACACCAGAUAUUAUGUGGCACCGUAAGAUAUCGUAACCCUUUUAAUCACGAUGUUUUCUUCGAAUUAAACAAGUCAUAUUUCUGCUGGCAUUGGGUAGGUAGGCUAUCCGAAAUCGAACGACAAGAAAACACCUGCAUCACAUGGGGAUAUUUUUAUACCGGUCGGUGGCUCUAGCACUGCACACUCCCCUUGUCUGUGGCACCUCAAACGUCAUUGAAGUUGUCAGGAACUACUCCAAAGCCUAUGAGGACAUCGCCCUUCUGUGCAGAAGAGAGGAGCUCAAGUUCGGCACCUGCCUCAUUAACCGGCUGAAAUGUUACUAUAAGAAGGACUGUGGAAGGGAGUACAUGUUGAUGAAACUAAUCUGCUCAGUGAGCUCGAACCAGAGCAGUGCCCAUGAGUACCCAGACUGCCGUGAUGGGGGCAGCGAGGCCAGCCUGCUGGUGUCUCCGCUGGUGGUGGCUGGCAUCGUCAUCGGCCUGGUGCUCUUCCUGUCCUGCGUUACCAUCAUCGUGGGCAGCCUGCGCAAAGACAGCCGUCUGCGCAACCCCCACCUGCGGGCCAGCUAUGCUCCGGAUGGCUUUUCGUACGGCGGCUCCAUCGGGGAGCUGAGGUCGACGUGUGUCGAGGAGUUCCCUCCAGCGUUUGACUUUGACUCCUACGUGGAGACUCUAUCACAAGUCAAUGUGAUGUAUCCAGACUCCCCGCCUCACUAUGAUGAAUGUGUUGGACCAGGUGCGACACAGAUAUACGUCCCCACAGACGACCCCCCUCCGUAUUCCCUCACGGACCCCUGUCAGCGGGGCCACCAGCAGGCCACCUACACCAGCCUGGAGAUGGAGGAGCCGUCUGCUGGAGCUGGAGCCUCUUGGGUGUCCGCCAGCAGCGCCGCCGCCUCCCACUACCCAAUCGGACUGCACGAGCUCAGGCAGCAGCCAAUAUCCUCCAUCUCCCUGUCAGCGUUCCCCCUGGAGGAAGCGCCCCCGUACGAGGUGGUGGUGAGCAGGCAGAACCAGCCCAUCCCUCUGAUGCCCAUGGACCUGCUCAAACACCCAUCAGAAGACAGCCAUAGUCCCCAGAGAGCCCGGGCUGUCGCACACAGGAUCCUGUAGAGCUGACUGGGCUAGUCCUCUCCAAUGCUCUUUGUGCAGACAGCCACACACACACACACACACACACACACACACACACACACACACACACACACACACACACACACCUCCCAGCCUAACUCUCUUCUGCUUCUUCCAGUGUCCCUUUGUGCAUGACAGGCAGUAUCAAAAGAGAAUUACUUCCUGGACCGAAGCUGAAAGUUUGGGUUGAACCUAAACUCAGUCUGCGCCUUCCUCUCCUUCCCCUACCUCUUGGAUAAGCUGUGUCCCCAAACUCUAAGAUGUUACCCACACCACUCCUCACUCGAUCUCCCUUUACUACUGGGGCACUGCCAUGAAAUCACAGGGCUACUACUGGUAAACUGGGGCUGGGGGAGUAUUGUCUUUCUGUCCAGAGGGAAUUCACUUCAUACUGUAAAUUGGUCUCAGGUUAGGAGGCAUUCAAGCAUUUAGGAAGCAUUAUCAAAGUCUGUUUUUAGCACAAAAAACACUAGAGGUAACCUGAAGUGGUUUCACAUAGAUAUUUUGUAUGUACUGUUGGAUUUUGUUAUGUUGUAAUGGAAUUGCUCUUGAUAAAAAACACAAUAGAAAGAAUGACUAAUUUCACAUUCCAUCACAUAUCCAUAUGGUUUUAUUAAUAUUUUCUAUAUGAAAAUAAUAUUUGAUUUAUAUUUAGCUGACUUUAGGACUCCCACAGUCUGUAAAAUGUCCAGUAAUUUCAACUGAUAAAUAUACCCCAGUGUUAUACACUCUUAGAAAAAAAGGUGCUAUCUAGAACCUAAAUGGGUUUUUUUGGCUGUCCCCAUAGGAGAACCAU